CUCUCCCCCUCUCCCCCUGCUGCUGCCUGCCAGCCCCUGAUGUGAUGGCGCAGAAACCCCGUUGACAAGGCACUGCUUUUUCAUGACGUUGUCAUGGAUGAUGAUGAUGAAUCCUGCCUCCUUGAUCUUAUUGGAGACCCACAGGCAUUGAAUUAUUUUCUACAUGGACCUAGUAGCAAAUCUAGCAAUGAUGACUUGACUAAUGCAGGAUAUUCUGCAGCCAACUCAAAUUCAAUAUUCGCCAACUCCACUAACGCCGACGCCAAGUCAUCCAUCAAAGGUGUGAGCAGCCAGCUUGGAGAAGGCCCCAGCGAUGGCCUGCCACUCUCCAGCAGCCUUCAGUUUCUCGACGAUGAACUUGGAUCUUCUCCUCUCCCCGAUCUCAGUGAGGACCAACCCUUUGACAUCCUCCAGAAGUCCUUGCAGGAAGCCAACAUCACCGAACAGACGCUGGCCGAAGAGGCGUACCUGGACGCCAGCAUAGGCUCUAGCCAACCGUUUGCACAAGCCCAGCUUCAUCCUCCUUCAUCAGCAUCCUUUACUCAGGCCUCUAACGUUUCUAAUUUCUCAGGUCAGACGCUACAGCCUAUCGGGGUGACCCACGUGCCCGUGGUCCAGCAACCGGUCGGAGCAUCGUUCGCCGGCGGCGCGGUCGGGGUGCAGCAUGGCUUUAUGCAACACGUGGGGAUCAGCGUCCCCAGCCAGCAGCUGUCGAACAGUGGUCACAUCAGUGGCUCGGGGCAGAUCCAGCUGAUCGGUUCGUUCGGUAACCAGCCGUCCAUGAUGACCAUUAACAACCUAGACGGGUCGCAGAUCAUACUGAAGGGCAGCGGGCAGCAAGCCCCCACCAGUAUGAGCGGCGGGCUCCUGGUUCAUCGGCAGACCCCCAACGGCAACUCGCUAUUUGGGAACUCCGCCUCGAGUCCCGUCGCGCAACCCGUAGCCGUCCCGUUCAACAGCACAAACUUUCAGGCGUCUCUGCCCGUCCACAACAUCAUCAUACAGAGAGGCCUGGCGCCAAAUUCAAACAAAGUCCCGAUCAACAUCCAGCCGAAGCCUAUCCAGCAGACAGCGUACAACGUGAAUAAUCUGGGAAUCCAGCAGCAUCACGUGCAACAGGGCAUCCCCUUUGCAUCAGCCAGCUCGCCUCAGAGCUCGGUCGUCAGCCCCCACAUGGCGGUUAAUAUCGUCAACCAACAGAACGCACGGAAGUCGGCGGCCCCCCAGGCGGUGAGCAACCCAGGAGGCAGCAUUGUGAUCCACUCUCCCAUGGGGCAGCCUCACGCGCCUCAGAGUCAGUUCCUCAUCCCGACCAGCCUGGCGGUAAAUUCGAACUCGGUGCACCACGUCCAGACCAUCAACGGGCAGCUUCUGCAGGCGCAGCCCUCCCCGCUCGUCCCCAGCCAAGUAUCCACGGAGCAUGUUAUGCUGAACAGGAGUUCUUCCAACAUGCUCAGGACCAACCAGUCAUAUUCAGGGCAGAUGCUGAACAACCAGAACACCGCGGUCCAGUUAGUGUCCGGGCAGGCGUUCACGGCCCCCGCAGGCCAAGUGAUAGUGAAUCACGGGUCCCCUCAGAUCGUCAGCGGGCAGAUGCCGUUGCAACAGGCCUCCCCGACAGUGUUGCAUCUGUCGCCCGGCCAAACCGGCGUUUCCCAAGGAAGGCCGGGCUUCACCUCAAUGGCGACCGGACAGCCUGCGGUCGCUAACAUGGCGGUACCCAACCGGUUCACCGUCGUGAGUUCUUCGGGCACUGCCCACCCCAGCCCGGGUUCCGCGGUUCAGUCCGUGGCGUCGGGAUCAAAUUUUACAGGAGAUCAACUCCCGCAGCAGAGCAGAACUCCGGUUGCAGGCGGCGGCUCUCAUCGUCUUCCAGCAUCCUCUUCCAAACCCACCAGCACCUUUAGCGGUACUCCGGGAGCAGGCCCCCAACAGCAUUUUUCUUUCUGCCAGACUCAGAAAAAAAGUUUGAACCAGACUCCCUCAGUUUCAACAUCAAAGACCCCCGAAGGCUUGAGGCAACCACACAUCACUGGUCUCCCGAGUAAUACCUUGCCAGGUCAGGAUUCUGGAAACAAAGUUAUACAGCCGUCCUUAGGAUCAGCACAGCCACAACAGGAAACAGUAGUUGGAGCAUCACCCAUUCAGCAAAAUGUGGAUAGUCAUACAGUUGGACAGAAGAGGCCUGCAGCUAAACAGCUAACUAAAGGAGCUUUUAUCCUCCAACAGUUACAAAAGGACCAAGCCCAUGCAGUGACACCAGAUAAAAGUCAGUUCAGAUCACUAAACGAUGCAGUCCAGCGGCUGCUCUCAUAUCACGUGUGCCAGGGAUCGCCGCCAACUGAAGAGGAUUUAAAGAAAGUGGACAGCGAAUUUGAAUCUGUAGCCACUCAGCUUCUGAAGAGGACUCAGGCUAUGCUCAACAAGUAUCGAUGUUUGCUCAUCGAGGAUGCCAUGAGAAUAAAUCCUUCUGCUGAGAUGGUCAUGAUCGAUAGAAUGUUUAAUCAGGAGGAGAGAGCAUCACUGUCCCGAGACAAGCGCCUGGCACUAGUAGAUCCCGAUGGUUAUCAAGCUGAUUUCUGUUGUUCCUCCAAACCGCCAGACAGCAUCAGUGCUGAAACCCUGGGCAGCAAAAGCGAACCGCCCGGGAGCAGCCAAAAGCUCAGCUCGCCCCACCCGACCUCCAAGGCCAGAGAGCGAGGCAAGCCCGCCCCGGCCGACCCCGCAGAUCACGACAGACUUCAUGUAGUGCCUAAUCACAUUGCCGUCUCCCAAGAAGGAAGUGCUUCUAAGAAACCCGAAAGCCUCAGCAAAGCCCCGAAAGUUGACAAGUCCAGCCGCCCUCCUGACGUCCAGUACAGAAGCGGGUCCGACGAGAAGGCGUCCGGGAAAGACCGGGGCCGAGCCGGCGAUCGCGCCCCGAGCCCCGAUGACCCUUUGAAAACCUUGCCCAGAUCAGAUCGCGGUACGGAGAGCAAACUGUCCGGUGUCGCGAGCGACUCCCACUCGGAAGAGAUCCGGAACAAUUCCCUCCGAGACCAAACUCUGAGGAAUUCUCCAAAGAACGAGGAUUCCCCAACAGACGUCCCAAACAGACCCCAACCGGAUCUGACCCUCAAUAAGAGUUUGGAAACAACUUUCAAGAAUCUUUUGGAACUGAAAAAACCUGGGAAACAAAGUGACCCAGCUGGCAGCGGCUCUGUAGAUUUGGAUUUUCCCCAUUUUUCGCCCCUGGCUUCCCAAGAAAACUGCCUGGAAAAGUUUAUCCCGGACCACAGCGAAGGUGUUGUAGAAACUGACUCCAUUUUAGAAGCAGCUGUAAAUAGUAUCUUAGAGUGUUAAAAAGGACAACA